AUGGCGACCGCCUCCACUGCCACCACUGUGAGCUUGAAGCUUCUGAUAGAUAAAAAAGGGAAAAGGGUUCUAUAUGCCGAAGCUGGCAAAGAUUUUGUUGAUUUUCUCUUCAACGUACUGUUAUUGCCUGUUGGUACUGUUAUAAGGCUGCUUGCAAAAGAAGGCAUGGUUGGAUGUCUUGCAAACCUUUACAAGAGCGUUGAGAAUUUGGGCGACGCAUACCUUCAGCCGACAACCAACAAGGAUACAUUGUUGAAACCUAAAUAUUCUUCAAGCUUGGCAGCUGAUGUUCCUCUUUUGUUGCCAAAUACUGAAUCAUCAACAACACUAGGGUUUUACCGAUGUUCGUAUGGUCGUAAUAGCGACUGUCGUUUGUAUUAUGCAAAUGAUCCAACGUCUACGUGCCCUUGCUGCUCUAGUGUCAUGUACUCCCCCGCAACACUUGUGAACCCCCCAAAUAAGGUCUCAACUUCAUCAGCUGUUGCUAAUGAGGGUGGCUACGUGAAAGGGGUCUUCACGUAUACUAUCAUGGAUGAUCUGACAGUGACACCAACGUCAACCAUUUCAAUCAUAGCUAUACUCAAUAAGUUCAAGGCUCAAUGA